UUCGCAAGCUUUCUAACACCCAAGUUCCAACACCAAGAAGGAAGAAAGAGAAACAAAAACUGAAACAUACGUUUUUUUCCCGACCUUAGAAUUCCAUAACUGUUAAUCAUUUCUCUGCUCUUCAAAUGAGGUCUUUCUGCCUAGCAGUCUCCCUUCUGCUGUUAUGCAUUUUCCUUUCUAGUGUUCAAGGGAUUCGCUUGGAGAAAAGUUUCAAAUCAGCAGGGCAUCCUAAAUUGCAUGAGGGUACUGUGAUGAAAACUAGUUAUGAAGUUAUGGGAGAGGUCAUUCUCUGCAAAGAAGGGCACUGUUCAGGAAAGAGUAGAAAACUUUCGUCUGCAAUAACUUCUAGUGCUCCUACAUCUACCACCACUUCAAAGAGCGAAGAGAAUGGAGAAAACAAAGCUAACCCUACUUCAAAAGUCAAAUCAGGCAACGAAGAAAAUGGUGAGAAGCAAGAGAAAUUCCCUGUUGGUUCACCGACAAGUUCCGAACACCAGGAGGGCCAUGACCAAUAUGCCGACAUUAUGGACAUAGCUGAAAUGGACUAUUCUCCAGCCAGGAGAAAACCUCCAAUACACAACUAAGAGUAGGAAGAAAAACAAGACAUAGAAAAAGAAGCCACAACGUUUUCCAGCACAAUAAAAGGAAUAGAAAUGGGACAGCAUUCCAGAAAUGCUGCAGUUUUUUUAGGGUUUACGAAGUUUUGUGUACAUAGAAUAUUUUAUUAUCAUAGUUAUUGUUAAAACAUCACUUUUGAUGAUUGAGUCACGAUGCACCCUUUUGGGGGGGCACUUUAGGCCUUGUAACCUCACAUAUUAUAGAAUGAAAACUUACUAAUAACAUCAAAAUUUAUGGGUUUAA